UUCACCAAUACACAUAUCACAGCACGCGUUACUCACGUACUGUGCUCUUCAUUCUUUUCUUUCACCCUUCUUUUAUGCCUUUUCACUUCCUUCAGCUUUUCAUAUUAUACUUGGAAUUUGCACAUACCAUACCACCUUUGAUUUUUCAUCCACGGAGUUGAAAUCUGGCUUGUGCUUAAUGAGUUUUCUUCCCUGAAUACUUUGUUGAAGACCCUUUUGCGAUUUUCCUUUUCUUUGGUGCUGUUGGUGGAAAAGGAAGAACUUUUAAGUGUUUUGGGUUGUGAAUGGGUUCCAUCAGAGGUAUCAAGAAGAGGAAGAAGGCUGAUAACAAGGAUGGCCAAGAUGGCACUGCAACCCCAUUGUACUCUCAACCCUUCGAUUGGUGGCAUCACUUCUCCCAGAGAAUUUCAGGACAUUUAGCUCAUUCUAAAGAUAUAGAGAAAUUUGAGUCAGUUUUCAAGAUCUCAAGGAAGACGUUCAACUAUAUAUGUUCUCUUGUGGAAGAAGGCAUGCUGGCCAGAUCCUCAAAUUUCGUUGAUAUAAGUGGCAAACGUUUGUCUUUGAAUGACCAAGUUGCUGUUGCUCUUAGAAGGCUUAGCUCUGGUGAGUCAUUGUCAACCAUUGGCGACUCAUUUCGGAUGAACCAGUCAACUGUUUCCCAAAUAACAUGGCGGUUUGUGGAAGCAAUGGAAGAGAGAGGGCUCUACCAUCUUAGUUGGCCUUCCACCGAAAUGGAAAUGGAAGAGAUGAAGUCCAAAUUUGAGAAUAUGCAUGGCCUUUCUAAUUGCUGUGGUGCCAUUGACAGCACACACAUAAUGAUGACUUUGCCUUCUGCAGACUCUUUGAAUAGUGUAUGGCUUGAUCGCGAGAAGAAUUGCAGCAUGGUCUUGCAAGCCAUUGUAGAUCCAAAUUUGAGAUUCUGUGACAUAGUUACUGGAUGGCCAGGAAGUAUGAGCGAUGAUCACGUGCUUCGAAGCUCUUCUUUUUUCAGACUUGCUGAAGAAGGGAAAAGGUUGAAUGGGGGGGAGAGAACUCUUCCUGAGGGAACAGUGGUGAGGGAAUAUAUCGUAGGGGAUACAGGGUUUCCCCUUUUGCCAUGGCUUAUUACUCCUUAUGAAGGUAAAGGACUCUCAAAUGUUCAGGUUGAGUUUAAUAAAAGGGUUGUUGCAACACAAAUGGUGGCCAAGAAAGCAUUGGCUAGACUGAAGGAGAUGUGGAAGAUAAUCCAAGGUGUGAUGUGGAAGCCUGAUAAGCACAAGUUGCCAAGAAUUGUUCUUGUUUGCUGCAUACUACAUAAUAUAGUUAUUGAUAUGGAGGAUGAAGUACUGCAUAAUAUGCCUUUUUGCCACCAGCAUGAUUUAGGAUAUCAAGACCAAACUUGUGAAUUUGCCGACAAUACUGCCUUCACUAUGAGAGAGAAGCUUUCUCUCUACUUAUCUGGCAAACUGCCAAGUUGAAAGAUCAUUUCUUCUGAUUGUUACAAUUUAAUUGUCAUAUAAAAAUGGAUUUUUACUACCAUCUACAUGUUAUUGGUUGACAAUU